UGUAUGUAAGGAGGAAUGGCGACGGUUGUUGAGUCUCUGAAGUGAAAUCCUCCGUGGGAUCUGACCACUGAGCGCCUGGAAAGCGCCCCUGUAGAGUGUGUGUGAUAACAAUGGAUGGUCCUCUGGUAAAUUCUGGAAUACCGCUGGCGACACAAACGGUGGUUUCUCCUGUCACUCAAACCUCCGGUAACUUAAGCGGGAAACUUCGGGACAAGCGGAAGACUCCUGCAUUCUUAUCCAAUUUGGGCAAGGCUACCUUAAGAGGCAUCCGCAAGUGCCCUCAGUGUGGUGUUUACAACGGGACUCGCGGUCUCAGCUGCAAGAACAAGGCCUGUGGAACAAUAUUCAGGGAUGGGGACCAUGACACGGGACGUUUGAAGAAAGGGGUGUCUGAAGUGGUUCGAGUUGUGACGGACAGCGAAGGUGGUAGAGCUGGAGGGCCGCAGGUAUUCUCUGUGCGUCAGCGGGGACGUGGCUUCGAACAGCGAGGCUUUGUUGAGUUAGUCCUCACGGAUACAGCCAUUACUACCGCAGAUGGAACCUUGCUGACCCGUGUCAACCUCGGCCGCUGUUUCAUGCCCUCUUGCCAGGAAAAUGAAAGCGAGUCAACAGUUGAAGGUUCCCAUCAGCAAGUGUCGCAAACAUCCAAAAGUCCCUGUACCCAUGUGAAGCAAGCAAUGGAGUGUCAGACCCAAGCAACACCUCUGCCACUCAAGAGCUCUGUGCUGGAGGCCCUGGUGGCCACUUCCCAGGCCAAGGAAGAGUUGUGGAGGUUGGCUACAGAGACACCGGGACCCUUAGUGCAGAGGGUCUCCAAAGGUACCCUAAUAGUGAAGUGCCAGCCAGGUGAAGCCCACCCUCUGGGACUGCUGCAUUUGACUGUAGGCUUAUCUAGUGUUAAAGAGAAGACUGAGGGUGCUGCUCCCUUUCGCUGUGCAUGCUACACACCCAAUGCCAAGGGGGAUUUAGGGGGAAGAAGUGGGAGUCACCCUAAUGUCAAAGAACGAGAAAAGUCCCAUGAGCACAGUUUACCUGAACAUUGCCUGCACUUCUAUGCCUGCGUUUGUGCCUUCACGAGUGAUGAGAAGCUUGCCACUGAGUUUUCAGCUUUCCUCAACUACAACAUGAAUGGACUGCAGGACAGUUCAGAUGCCACAGCAUUAGGUAUAUCUCAGCAACACAUUGAGCCCUCCAUCUCUCAUCGUUCCAAGAGACUCAAAUUUAUGGAGUCGUCUAUGGCUUCCUCUGUUUCUCCUCUGGCUGUCAAAGACACUUCUGCUCCCACCCUAAACCAGCGCAAGCCCACUCACAGAAAACACUCCAGUUCUACUGGAAUUAAGAACCCAGGAAGCAGCCAGCCGGUGGAUGAGACGCAUGUGUCAUUGGGUUUCCAGCAGUGGUUAGCCAGUGUUACAGAGAGGAUCCAUCAGACGAUGCACUUCCAGUUUGAUGGCAAGCCAGAUCCGUUGGUGUUCCACAUCCCUCAGUCUUUCUUCAAUGCCCUACAGCAGCGUUUAUCAUUGGGCUCAAAAAAGAGAAGACUCCCCAACUACACCACCACAUUUGUGCGUGAUGACGCUUUGCCUCUGGGCUCUUUCUCUAAAUACACCUGGCACAUUACCAACCUGAUGCAGGUGAAACGAAUCUUUGAUACACCAGAGUUACCUCUGGAACUCACUCAGAGUUUUGUGAAGAACAGUGACGGCUCCUAUUCACUGUAUCGCUGCCGGGAGACCCAUCCUGAUUCUGGAUCAGACACCAGCCACCAUUCACGCACCAAUAAGCCUCUGGCCAUCAGACCACUGGAGCUACGCACCUUCCUCAGAGUGGGGACCUGUGCUGCUGAGCAGACGGAGCCAGUGCCCUUUGUGAUCGAAUGGAUUCCAGACAUCCUUCCGCACUCACAGGUGGGAGAACUGAGGAUCAAGUUUGAGUAUGGCCAUCAGCUGGGUAGUAAACCAGAGCACUGCAAGAGCUCUGCUGGGACAGAGAGGAUUGAACAAACAGUAGCAGAUGCCAUCCCACAACAGUGAAGAACCACUGUAGAAGACUCGAGACCCUCGGUCAUGAAAUUCUCAACUUAUAAGGUGCUUCUCAGAAAAAUGUUCAUUGUCAGAAACUGUUAAAGGUUGCAUUACAGCACCGGGCAUACAGAUGUAAAUUAAUUAUAUAAGUGUACAACUAAAAUAAUCUUGUCAACAUAUGUUUUGUGCCGUA